AUGGAACUGAAUGCAGCCCUUCAAGCCGCCGUUUGGUGGUCGGCAAUACUACUUCUAAAAUUGGCAACUUUUGGUCCGAUUGUUGGAUUUACUCGCACAAAGAGGAAGGUGGUUGCGAAUGAGGAGGAUGCCAAGUUUAAGGGUGGUGCUACAGUGAGCACUAGUGACCCUGUUGUUGAAAGAAGCAGACGAGCUCAUCUGAACGACAUGGAAAACAUAAUCCCUUUCAUUGGACUGAUCUUUGUCUACGCUAUUUCUGGUGCUGGUGAUGCUGGCUGUGUUACUCUUGUCUCCCAGAUUUUCACUGCUGCCAGAUUCAUCCACACUAUAGUUUAUCUUGGACAAGUUCGUCAACCUGCUCGAGCUCUAGCAUUCUUUACUGGACUACUUUGCAAUGUUUACAUGGCAGUGAAGGUUCUGCUUCACCUUUACUAG